AGAAUUAUGUUGCUUUGGUAACUGGCUUCUCAAUUCUACCUUUGACACUGAGAAGAAACAGAGUGAGGAAAGUGGUUCCCUAUUAGAUUUUGUUCAGUUUUCAUCUCAAUUAUGCCCACCCUUUCUGUAUUCUUGGAUGUGCCCCUUGCCCCCAAGACAACAAGCAAAUUACUGGAUGACUUCCAACAAGAUGAGGACCCCAACAAGGUGUACCUAGGUUAUGGAGUUUGCAUGACAGGAGAAAAGAUUCCCUGGCUCUCACCUGUGGUGACCAGGACACUGAGGAGGCUCAUCCAUGAUCCUUCCUUCAGCUACACCUACCUGCCUGAGCAUGGUUUGGAAGCAUUUAUACGUGUGGCCACAGAGCUGCUCGUUGGCCGACACAGCCCAGCCAUUGCGGAGAACAGGAUAGGGGGAGUGCACACCAUUGGUGGGAACGGCGCUAUUCUGCUUGGGGCAAAGUUCCUUAAGGACUGGCAUCGCGGCCCCCGAGUGGUGUACAUGCAGCAAACGCAAAGGGAACAAUACGGACCCAUCUUCCAGGAGCUGGGCUUUUCCCUCCGUGAGUAUACCUUCUGGGAUACUUUCCGGCUGGUUUCAGACACAGGCAAGCUUUUUGAUGUAGUGGAGCACGCCCCGGACAGGAGCAUCCUUGUGCUGUACAACUCCGGGAGCUUCAUCCUGCCCCGAAAAAGGUGGUUUAAGUUAUCUAAAUUAUUGAAGAAAAAACAGAUUUUCCUGUUUUGCGAUAUACCGGAUCAGGGCUUGGUCAGUGGUGACCCAGACAUGGACAACAAGAUUUUACGCUAUUUAGUGGCUCAAGGCUUUGAGUUCUUCUGCAGUCAGUCUCUUUCCAAUUCUUUUGGCCUCCAUGAUGAGCGUGUAGGAAACCUGGUGGUCGUGACAGUGAGCAACAAGUCCUUGCUGUGCAUUCGCUCCCAGCUGGACAUCUACGCUCGGUAUAUGUGGGGCAGCCCUCCUGCCUUGGGCUCCAGAGUGAUCACCACCAUUCUCAGUAACCCUGCCCUGAGAAUGGAAUGGAAGAAAAGUCUCAGAAGCAUGGUAGAGAACAUCAUGUUAACAAGGGAGAAAAUGAAGGAGAAGCUUCGACUUCUAUGCACACCAGGGUCCUGGGAACAUCUCACGGGGCAAGAUGGGAUGUAUAGCUUCCUUGGCAUCACUGUUGAACAGGUGGACUACCUGGUCACCAAGAAGCAUAUCUACAUCCCCAUGAAUGGACUGAUCAACUUCACCUGCAUCAACUACCAGAACAUUGACUACAUCACCCAGAGCAUCAAUGAAGCCAUCCUUACAAUAGGUCCAGGCCCACAACCCAAGGACCCGCCCAAGACUGAAGUGAUGGCUGAUGAUCCAGAAUCCAAGAAUUUAGGUCACAUGACUUCAGAGUCGAAGAGUUUAGGGCUCAAGGCUCCAGGAUUGUCUGCUUACUUACAUAAUAAAAAGUAGCAUUUUAA